CAGAGCCGCCUUCCUCUUCCUCCUCCUCCUCCUCCUCUCGCCGGCCCCCAAGAGCUCCAACUCUGCCGGAAACUCAGGCUUUUUUUCCUCUUCUGCUGCUGCAAGGCAGCCUCCUUUUUGCAAAGUUCUCUUGCGCGACAGGCAGAGAUCCUCCUCCUCCUCCUCCUCUUUGGGGCUGCCCAAAAGUUUCCUUCUUCGCCCUGGACCCCUUCUGCAUGCCCUCCGGACCCAGAGACCAUGGGGCAGUCCUGAAGCCAAGCCGGGGGUCGCCUUUCAAACAGAGCAGCCCUUGAAGCUCCAUCUUCCCGAGGAAUUGCCGGGCUCCUUCUCCUCCUUUUCCUCCCUCCUUCCUCGCUCCCCACCAUGGAAGAUGGUGUGAAGGAGGAGGCUGCUGAGAAACCAAAAUGUCCUGCCAAGACGUACAAAGCUGGCUGGAUCAAAAAGAGCAGCGGUGGUCUUCUGAGUCUUUGGAAAGAGCGUUAUAUCCAGCUAUGUAAAUCCCAGCUCUUGAUUUAUGAAAAUGAGCAAGAAGAGAAGUGUGUCGAGACUGUGGAUCUGGAAAGGUAUGACAGAUGCCAAGAUUUGCGGGCCCUCCUCAAAAGGAAGAAUCGGUUCAUUUUAAUUCGGACUCCAGGUUAUAAGGUUCAGGAUAUCAAAUUUCAGGCGUUAAAUGGGGAAGAAAAGGAGUCGUGGAUGAAAGCCCUCAAUGAAGGCAUUAACCGAGGCAAAAACAAGGUGUUUGAUGAGGUGAAAGUGGAUGAAAGUCUCUCCUUGGAGCAUGUGACUCGAGGGAGGGCUAAACAAGCGCAUGGACGCCGGCCGCCAACCAGAAGCCACCUAAAAGAGGUUGCCAAUGCAAUGUCAGAUGGAAUCCUGAGGCUUGACCUGGAUGUGCCCGAUAGUGGUCCUCCAAAUAUCACCUUGGUGACAGGGGAUCCUGAUCCUAUUCCUCCUCCAAAGGAGACAUUGAAACCACCUAUGCCCCCUACAAGUGUGUCGAUCCUUCCUACUGAGAAUGCAAAUCCUGAUUCUACCCCAGAAGAUGUGGAACUGAAGAAACCCCCAAUGCCUCCUGCUAAGCCUCCAAAGGAAGCAGGAGCAUCCAAUGAAAAUAUGAACUCUGUGGGAGUAGAUAAGACGGAGGAAGAAGAGAUUGCUGUUACUGCUAAAGAUGCUGAAGAAUCUAAAGGUAAAUUUAAGAAACCACCUAUGCCUCCAGCCAAGCCUCUUAAGGAAGUAACUGCAAAUGAAAAUACAGAUUCUGUGAAGGAGGAAAAGGAGGAGGAAGAUGUUGCAGGAGAGGAGGCUGAAAUAUCCCAAACUGGAUCCAAGAAACCCCCAGUGCCUCCUGUGAAGCCUCAUAAGGAAGUAAUCACAGUUAUUGAAAAUGUGGACUCUGUAGAGGGAAAAGAAAAGGAGAAAGAGGAAGAAGAGAAAUGUGUUGCCAUUAAAGGUGAAGAUGCUGAAGAAUCCAAAGUUGUCCCAAGUGGAGAAAGCGUAAUGGAGGCUGACAAAAAUGCCUCCAAACCUCCACUUGUUCCCUUGAAGGUCUUGUCUGACAAGCUGAAAGUCUCAUGGGACAGUCCAUCCUCAGAACAGCUUGGAAAUCCAUCAACAACUGGCAGCAAAGAAGACCUCCAGGAAGUAGGCCAAGAAGCAGCCCAACCUCCAAGACCACCUCCCAAGAUUUUGUUAGAGGGGCCUCAAGACAGCACGAGUUGUACCUUGAGCAGCCCAGAGGCAGAUACAUCCAAAGGUGAACACCAAGCUGGAGAUGCCAAACCACCAGUGAAUGGUUUUGAUGGUGAUAGAACAACAGAACCUGUUUUUCACAAUGGAGAGGAGCAUCUUCCUCCUCAAACGCUGCAAGAGCCUUCAUCAGAACCUGGAGCAAACAAGAAGUGUCUAAGCUUGCCUUCUGAUGACCCGGUACCCAUCGCAGGAGUGGUGGGAAGUGCUGUGAUUUCUAAGCCUCGUUGUGCCUCCCUGGUUGACCUGCUGUCGGAACCAACCAAGAGGCAGGAUCCCCAGUGGGCUGAUCUCCACGUGGCUCACAUGAAAAAGAAAGUGGCAUGUGAACAGGAGAGAACAGAAAAGCUCCUGCAGAAGGUUCUACAGCGAGGACUUGAGCAGGUCCAGGAUGGCAACGGACCACCACUAAAUGCAGAGACAUUGCUCAAUGCAGCGGCGGCACAGCUCCGGCAAGCCACGCAGGUCCUGCAAGAGGUCAAAGAUUUAGAAGAACUGAAAAAGGAGCCUGCCAAGCAACAGAUAGGAGCACCAAAGGAUUUGGUGACUCUGUAUAGGAGAAGUGCUCCUUGAGAGGAAGGUGCUUUUCCUGCUGUAUCACUUAGUUGAAGUGUUGCCACAGAGCACCCUUUCUACUAUCCUGCUAGGCCAGUGUUUUUCAAGAGCAGGGACCAUGGUCUUGCUAUGCCUCCCCACUAACAGAAUAGAACAUUUUGCUAAA